GAUGGGACCCUCAGUAGCCCAUGAGUUGGAGUCCCCUCUAAAACACUCGGUACAGACUGUAAAACCAGAGGACCCGGAAAAGAUUUUUAAAACCAUGUCUCCCUGUAAAAAUGCAAAACUUUUAAACCUCAUCGGCAGAAAAUGUCUUGUUCAGUGUUUACUAGAAGGAGUUCCUGUGGAAGUGCUGUGGGACACCGGUGCACAGGCAAGUGUAAUCAAUGAAGAAUGGAGAAAAGCAAACAUACCCCACCGGGCCGUAAGACCUCUCCAUGAACUCUUGGAUUCCUGCACACUGGUCGGACUGGCUGUAAAUCAAACCGAAAUACCAUUCUCAGGCUGGAUUGAAGCUGAAUUUAAUUUAAGCCAAGACUCAAGCACUACACCAUCACUUCUGGUACCCAUCUUAGUAUCGACUGACCCACAGGUGGCAGAACAGCCUAUCAUUGGGUUCAAUGUAAUUGAAGCGGUUCUCAGCCAAAACAGGGACCAUCAGACAGAAAAAGACAUUAUCUACAAAGUGAGUAGAGCUUUCUCUGUGACAUUUAAGACUGCAAAGUUGGUACUGAAGUUAAUCCAGUCUCCAAAUUUUAGUUUUGAUGCAGGCAUUGUACAGACAGGGAAAAGACAAAUCCAUUUGGCAGCCAAACAAGUCACUACUGUUUUAGUCAAAGUCAAUGCAGGGUCUCAGUACAAGGGUCACAGCUUACUCUUAGUUCCUAAUGAAGAGCCUUCACUGCCAGAAGGAGUUGUCAUUGAAGAGGGAUUAGUUACUGUCCCUGUUGACAGACCCUCAGUCCUGCCAGUGCCCAUAGCAAAUACCAAUAACUAUGCUGUUACUCUAGGUCGUCGAGCAGUCAUAGGUCAUCUCCAAACCAUAAAAUGUACACUUCCUGUGAACACAGAACAGGCAAAUGAAGUUAAUGAUAGUGACAAACCAAAAGUAAAGGCUAAUGUGAGCAGUGAUGAUUCAAAGACACAAAAGCCUAGCCUAUGGGACCCCCCAGUUCCCUUGGACCAUUUGAGUGAAGCACAGCAAGAAACGGUGAGACAGAUGUUGAGAGAGGAGUGUCAUGCCUUUGCAUACAAUGAAGAUGAUAUUGGCUGUAUUCCUUCCCUGAACCUGCAUAUCACACUUAAAGACACCACACCUGUAAACAAAACAUACAUGUCAGUCCCAAAACCAUUACAUCAAGAAGUAAAAGAGUACUUACAAGAUCUGUUGAAUCGUGGGUGGAUCACCAAAUCCCGUUCACCUUAUGCAUCACCUGUUGUUUGUGUGAGAAAAAGAGAUGGGACAUUAAGAUUGUGUUGUGAUUACAGAGAACUGAACAAAAAAUCAGUACCGGACCGACAUCCAAUUCCAAGAAUUCAAGAUAUGCUGGACUCCCUGAUAGGCAGUUCCUGGUUUUCGGUGCUGGACCAGGGUAAAGCAUACCACCAGGGGUUUUUGGACGAGGAAAGCAGGCCCCUGACUGCCUUCAUAACCCCUUGGGGAUUAUAUCAGUGGGUAAGGAUCCCGUUUGGCCUUAGUUCGGCACCUGCUGAGUUUCAGCGAAGUAUGGAGGAGUGUCUCGUAGGCCUUCGGGAUGUGAUAUGUCAGCCCUACCUUGAUGAUAAUCUCGUACACAGCCCUAGUUUUGAAGACCAUGUUGACCACCUCAGGACCGUUCUACAGAGAUAUCAGCAGCACGGUGUGAAGCUCAGUCCACGUAAAUGUGAGGUCUUCAAAAGAAAAGUACGAUUCCUGGGACGCCUGGUGUCAGGCGAUGGAUACAGUAUGGAUCCAGCUGAAGUGGCUUCUGUACAAGCUUUAAAAGAAAGAGUUCCCACAACUGUAGGUGAUUUGAGAAAACUGCUUGGAUUUCUCUCAUACUACCGUGCAUAUAUACCUGACUUUUCCAAACUGGCAAACCCCUUAUACCAGCUGUUAUCUGCACCACUGGCAUCACCUGUGAAAAAUAGAGUAACAGGAAAAUGUAUCAACAACAAACGCAAAGGUGGUCUUUCAUCAAACACGCCGAUACAGUGGACCCAAAGCCACCAAGAGAUACUGAACUUUCUUGUUAAUAAACUGACGACCCCACCAAUCUUGGGUUAUCCAGAUCUGACCCAACCGUUUAUCUUACAUUGUGAUGCAUCACAAGAGGGACUAGGUGCUGUGUUAUAUCAACGGCAACGCAGUCAGUUGGUGGUGAUUGGCUAUGCUUCCAGAACCCUAACCCCACCUGAGAAGAAUUAUCACCUCCACUCAGGGAAGUUAGAGUUCUUAGCAUUAAAAUGGGCAAUAUGUGAACGUUUUCGUGAUUAUCUAUAUCACGCCCCCCAUUUUACUGUUUAUACUGAUAACAACCCUUUGACUUAUGUUCUCUCAACAGCUAAGCUGAACUCUACAGGUCAUCGGUGGGUUGCAGAGCUGGCAGAUUUCAACUUCUCCAUCAAAUAUCGUCCUGGGAAAAGCAAUGCAGAUGCAGACGGUCUUUCUCGAAUGCCAGUCGAUAUCAGUCAGUUGAUGGAGGAGUGCACGCGCAGUGUGAGUCAAGAGGUCAUUGGUGCAUCUAUCCAAGGAGUGCUGGGAAAUGGACAGGUCGAACGCUUCAACAGAACUCUACUGUCAAUGUUGCGUUCACUCACUGACACAGAAAAGAUGGACUGGAAAAGGUCAUUGGAGAAGAUGGUUCACGCCUACAACUGUACCCGUAGUGAGGCCACAGGUUUUUCUCCUUUUUACCUGCUUUAUGGUCGUUCUCCUCGCCUGCCAGUUGAUCUGCUUUUUAACCUGCAACCAACAGAAGGAAAUGAGAGUCAUGCAGAGUAUGUGGAGAAGUGGCAAGGUCGAAUGCGUCAGGCCUAUGAAAUUGCCUCUAGAACAGCUGGCAAAGAAUCCUCUAGAAGUAAGCAGGGGUAUGACAGGAAAAUCCAUGGAGUAGGUCUUCAACCUGGUGGAAGGGUUCUCGUUCGCAAUCUGUCACAAAGAGGGGGACCCGGAAAACUCAGAUCCUAUUGGGAAAACAGAGUUUAUGUCAUUGUCAAAAGGAGGAGUAAUGAUAGCCCUGUGUAUGAGGUGAUACCAGAAAAAGGGGGUAAGAUGAGGGUGCUCCAUCGAAAUCUCCUUCUCCCUUGUGAUAGCUUGCCACUGGAGAGCUCGGAAGCAAACCUGAAACAAAAGGCAGUUAAAGAAAGGACACCAAGAAAAAAUAGACAAAAUACAAAGGAGGUACAAGAUGACAUGGCAGAGGGUGAGGACUUCCAAGAUGUUGAUCUGGUGUUACAGUUUCCUUCUUACCUUGAUCAGUGCAAAACUCCUAGUGGUCUAAACCCUGAAGCAGAUCCAUUUACACCAGCAAUGGAACAACAGUCGGAAAGACUUCAGCAAGGAAUUGCAGAGGAGACAGGGGAGGACUUACCAGAGGAACAAACUGAGGAGACAGAGGAGGACUUACCUGAGGAACAAAUUGAGGAGGAGGAUAUCGAAACAUCUGAGGAACAGUCCGAAUUUUCAGAAGGACAAGCAUUAGAGGAUAAUGGGCUUGACCUCCCCUCCUUCAAUAUGCACCCAAAGAGAGAAAGGCGCCGUCCAAAAAUUCUAACUUAUGAAUCGCUGGGUCAGCCGUCUGUAGUGGAAAUUGAUGUGGAUAGACUGGACGUGGGUAAUGCUCCAAUAGCACAGGGACUAUGGCGACCAUGGGCAAUGUUAGAGGCAAUCCGUUGAAAUGACCCUUCAUAAAAACACUGGACAAAUCGUGAGUGAAAGUUCAUGUUUCAAUAAGAUUUGUUUCUUUGGUUGAAAAAGGAAAAAAACUAAACAUCAUUGAUUAACUCUGUAAGGUAAACAACAAAGAUUGGUAAUGGACUAAAGAAUUGUCUGGCCGGGAAUUGCGAGUCUAUUACAAUGGAGUAUUAGUUAGAUAACUGUUUACUGUUGUUGAAAGUAUCUACGUGACAAUAUAUAAUAGAAGUAAUGGUUAUUUUGACCUUAUGUAGAGGGUGAAUUUUAAUCACUUUGAAAUUUAAGUCACUAAUAACUUUUAAAAGGUCAGAGUUGUUCAGGAUGAAACAAUGUUUGAAUCCAAAAUGUGGUAUACAUUUGAAAUUAGUAGGGGAGAGUGUAGCGCAAUAAAUGUGUUCAGUAUUUGCACUACAUACAUUGGUAAUUAAUAGAAGAAUAAAAGUGUUUGAUAUAGCAUAUUAGAGCAUAAUGUUAAAGGGCUGCAGUUUGAAGUGUUUGCCAGUAGAUGGCAGCAGCGCUGUGUCUGUCGUGAAACCGCACUCUCGCGAGGUCUCACGUGAUUUGUGAAAUGAGACCUUCUGUGAGUGAUUUUCACGAUCACAUGUGCGACUGCCAUUGAUGGUUGUGUUUAUCUGUGUUACAGGUAAGCUGAUGGAAGUUUAUUCUAAUGUUUUAAUCGUUCUGUUGAUUAUAUUGUGUCAUAUAUUAAAGUAACUUUGAGAGAGAUAAAUGAAAUGCACAUAGUUGAAAAAUGGUGUUGCAAUCCAAAGUUGGAUGAGUUUAAUGGGAGUUCAUGUGAAAGUUAAACAAUCCUAUCAUAUUGCUAUGCAGCAAGUAAAUAGUAUCUUGUCUGAUUUUGAUGUGUUUGAAUAUUUGAUCAAAUAGAUUGGGUGACUUAGUUGUAUGCAUAAAUGUAUUUCAUAUAACGUGAUUUGUGAAAUGAGACCUUCUGUGAGUGAUUUUCACAGUCACAUGUGCGACUGCCAUUGAUGGUUGUGUUUAUCUGUGUUACAGAUUUAAAAGAAAAUACAAUAAAUAUGCAACCCCCACUGUGAAUUAUCAUUUAUACAUUGGAA